AUGACCUCCCGCCAAUAUAAUGCGAAUGAGGAUCGCAAUCUUCUAGGAAACACCAAGUCCUAUUUUUCUCAUAUUGUUCGUCCUAGUCGCUCUUCUUCUCGAGAGGGGUCCUCUGAGCGAGACGAUUCCAGCAACAAUGCGCCGACUCCAGGAGCCGACCAGAGGGCACGCGCAGAACCUAGUGAAAAGGGAUCAGGAGUCUGGUCGAAGGAUUGGUUCCCUUAUACAUUCACACAUUGGUUUCUUGGAGUAACGACUUUGGUCGCGCUUGCACUGUGCUUAGUUUGCUUCUUGCUAUGGUGGACGUCUUCGACAAAUUAUGGUUUGGGGCCUGAUGAUGGCUCUUCUUCGCUUUUGUUCGGAUGGCGGUAUAGUCCGACUUUGAUCGCCGUAAUAUAUGUUCAAAUGACCACAGUUCUCUUGCAAGAUGUCAAGCGUACAGAGCCCUACGCCCGUUUGGCACGGCCAGGUGGUGCAGAUGCGUCGUGCAGCAUUCUCAAGGCGCCGGGUGCUUGGUGGACUGCACUAUACGAUGGGUUCGCGAAGAAGAAGAACGGUGGUCGCAGUGCCAUCUUGAUCUGCGCAUCGCUGGUCAAUAUCAUCGGAUUCUUGGCCAUUUCUACCCUUUCGUCUGCUUUCCUCUUCUCCGAGGAGGUUGUCGUCCCGAAAUCGAUGGAUUUUUUUAGUCUGGCGCCGGCGGCAGGCUCGACUUUGCCUCUUGAUGCAGACCGGACAACACAUUUUCGAACGAUUGCGAAUCUCUUACAAAAUGUCUCGACUUCGCCAUGGAUCACCGAUCAUUAUACAAUUCUACCCUUUUGGCCCGCUGGAUUGGAUACCGCGCCCGUGACUUCCCUGCCGACCAGUUCGACUCAAAAAUGGACGGCAGAGACUAUGAUGUUCAAGAGCGAUUUGACCUGCACACCGAUGAAAUUGGAAAAGAAAGCCAGCGGGCCUAUCAUUUAUGAUGAAGGCUACUCGCCGACGGAUUCGACCUCUACAAUCUGGUCGUCCCCCGAUGGGUGCAGAUAUGGAAUGUCGGCAUCCACACACUUCUGGAGCACUGGGGGUGGCAGUUGGUCUGACGCGUCUGAUUUCUACUACGCCGAAUCUUCACUGGGCAUGGGUGGAGGCAGAGUGUCAAGCUCUAAUCAUACCUCGGAAUGCAAUGGGCGGCAAAUUAUCAUCAUUACGGAAUCGUCGGAAAUCCAGAACGCGGCCUUUUCGGCACAAGUCUGCGAUACAACCUACUACAUGGCCAAUAUCACGGCAUCUGUUGCUUUGACCGGUGAUGUGCCCGACAUUUCGUUUGAUGCGAAUGAGUUUGAGCAGAAGAAAGUCGUAAUCCCGGAGAGUGUGCUCAACACUACUGCCAUGCGGAAUAUGACCCUCAAUGAGAAUUGGCCCACAUAUAUGAUAUCUAUCUUGUGGUCAGGAACUGCCACGCUAGGAGGUCCAUCGGUUCUACUAGGCGCACUUUACGACUAUAACAUGACGACUAUGGCCAGGGACCCGAAUUGGGUGAUAUCCGCUGCGACUGCGAAUCAACGCUACUUUGGUGAAGUGCUACAGGCAGCGCUGACCCAUCAGGGUGCCUCUCAAAGAGUCCCUAUGCAAGGCACAUUGCAUGAUAUUGAAACACGAGUCGUGGUGCAAACCGGCCCCGCAGUGGCCUUGGGAGUCCUAUUUGCAGUUUCAUUCUUCCUCUUGCUUGCUGUCUGGUGGUGCUCUCAAUCUCGGCGUAGACCGUUGCACUUGAAGGAAGAUCCAGCGUCAACUCUCGGCGUGGCCGCUCUAAUAGCGCACAAUGGUCGAGUGAACUCAGGAUUUCAGAAUUUCAGGCAGCCGUCGGCGAAAGAUCUCAAUGAAAGAUUAAACGGACAGAGAUUCUAUACCGACUCUCAUGGGCUGUCUCGCCUGAACCCGUCAGAUACAUUGAAUCAUGAUGUCGAUCAAUCUAAAAAUGGGACCCCAGGGCUGCUUCGUCUCCCUGCCCUCAUUGCUCUGAUCGUGGUUUUAAUUGCGGUCUUUGUUGGCGUGUGUGUUUUGUGGCACUUUGCCGUCAGUGUGGGCUUGUAUGAGAAAGCCUUUGUUUAUCAUGUGAACAUUUCUUUCCUGAGCAACAGUAUUUCCUCGGUCGCACCCGUAUCAAUGAUUCCUACUUUGAUAGCCACAAUCAUUGGAUUGUGGUGGAGCGCCAUCGAUGAUACCUUCCGUCGCCUUCAACCUUUUUUAGCCAUGGCUGAUGGAGAUCCUCCGAUCUCGCGAGGUGCUGGCCUGUCAUACCAGUCAUCAUUCUGGUUGUGGGCAUGUUUCAAGGCCGCUAUGAACAGGCAUUGGCUUCUUUCGCUGUUGACAUUGGGUAGCACUCUUUCACCUGUUUUUACAACCACCAUGUCAGCCUUAUUUGACCGCGGACCAGGCGUGGUCACCCAGCCAAUCACUCUUGAUCGUAGCCUUGAAAUCCGUCAAAUUCCAUUUGUUUUUGAGACAAAACAGGCUGUCUACCCGGACACAAAUAACGACUACGCUGCCUACAUUCUCGCUGAUCUCUACAAAAACAUCUCCACUCAUUGGAUGUAUACCGCCACGAUUCAGCUAGCUCUCAACGGAUCCGAGCCCGCAUGGAGCAAGGAAGGUUGGAGCUUUGUCCCAGUUGAUACGCACACGGUUAGCAAUGUCGAGCUACCUAACGAUCUCGAUGAAUCCGACAGGGCUGCCUCGGGGGCUCCAUCAAACGUCACUUUCACAACGCCCGCCAUGCGCGCCCGCAUUGAGUGCUCAACAUACCCAGUUGAAGCUUUUAUGAACGUAUCCCAUUGGCUCACACCCACGGAUCUGAGCAACUCCACGACGUGGAACCGGAGCACCAUUCCUCAUGAUCUCCAAGAAGGCUUUGAACUAGGUACAAGCUGGAUCUAUCAAAAGAGUCCCAGCGUCAUUCUACCUUUAUCAGGAAACGAGACUAUAAAAACCUGUGACGGGUGCACUACCGUCUUCGUCAACCCUAGCUCAAUCACCUGCUGUGGAAAUUCCAGCAGCAGCGCCUGGGAUCCCAGUGUAGCUGUUGGGUACUGGUCUCCAAAUGCCAACCUGUCACAAUGGUCAACUAAAUACUGGCACCAGAAUUUCACGCUCAAAUGGAUCUACGGAAAUGCUGUCACGGGCAUCAAUGCCAACCCUACAACGGAGAACAUCACUUAUAACAUUCCGUUGUUGUUCCCCUCGCCACCGUCAAUGACAUUGAUGAACUGCAGACCGUUAGUUGAGUCGGCCAACGCAGAUGUCACUGUUAACCCGGCGAAUGGAGAGAUCCAGACCUACAACAUUACUGGUCACCCCACAGAAUUGGUAGAGGCUUUUGCGGAUAACUUUCUUCCUCACAAUGGAACCGAUCUCACUCGGGAGAGAGGCAUGGCAUUCUAUAAUGUGACAGUCAGUCUUGGCCGUCUCUUCAUGGCAUCAAUGCUCACUGCCGCCGACACCCUUCACAUUGGCGGCGCCGAGCACGUCGGGGGCUAUCACCAAGAAGACCUGAACGACAACACAUACAACAUCCGCGACGAGCUCAACGGGCUCAACAUGGACUUUAUGAGCUACGCCAUGUACUCAAUGGCCAACAAAGAUCCAAAAGCCCUCCUCAACCCAGACCGAUACCUUACCCUAGCACAAAAGACAUUCACCACCUUCUUCCAACACUUCGUCAGCAACAAUAUCUCCAUGGAAACCGGUGGCUGGGGCUAUCAGACAAUCAACGCCAGUCUACCCGAUACACUAGGUCCUAUCGUCGAGGUAGUCCACAAUUGGCUCCCGGGAACCAUAGCGACGACCUAUCAGGAUGAUAUGCGUCCCAUCUCGCACGCGAACAGAACAGUCGCAGCGCAUGUCUCUCAAAGAGUGGAACUCCUGCAAAUGAACGCCCUCGCGGUCUGGCUCAGCGUUGGAAUAAUGGGCUGGCUCAUCCUGACAACAUUUAUCGUCGCCAUCCUACAAAGACGAUACUUUGGCCGACUGGUUCGCAACGUCGAGUGCCUGGGCGACGUGCUAGUUCUCAUUGCUGGCAGCGCGAAUCUGCUGGAUGUUGUCCAGGAAAUACAGGCCGGUCGACUUUCCCCGGAAGAUUAUGAACAUUUGCGGACGCGGCUAGGUUGGUUUAUGGAUGAGGAUGGGAGGUUGAGAUGGGGCGUUGAGAUGGAGGAGGCGUUUAGGAAUGGGCCUGGGGUGCAGUGGGUUGCUGCGCCGUUUUUCUCGAAGAAGGGGACUAAUACGUGGAGUCUUUCGGAUGAGGAUAGGCAGUCGUAG